AUGAAAUGGGAACGUCCGCCAGACUCGGUCCAUGUAGACGCGCCGUCGGGACGGCAGCGCCAUAGCGCAUGCUUGGUGCAUUCAAAGAUGUACAUCGUGGGCGGGUUUGAUGGGUUCAAGUGGCUCGAUGACACGCACGUGCUGGACAUUUGCCGCAUUGAAGAGCAUGCGAUCACGAUGACGACGCAGCGUCAGCUGGUGUCGCAGUACCGAGAGUUGCUGCUCCACCAGGACGCCACGUAUAGUGACAUUACGUUUCUGGUGCAAGACAAGCCGAUUGUGGCCCACAAGGCCAUUGUGGCUGCACAAUCGGUCCAUUUUCGUUGCAUGUUCUCCAGCGGCAUGAAGGAAUCGCAUCAUCCGACGGUGGUCAUCUCGGAGUGGACCCAUCGGGCGUUCUUUCACAUGCUGGAGUUCUUGUACACGGGAUGCAUUCAAGUCUUGACUGUGGACACCGCCCUGGAGCUGUUGGGCGUGGCCGAUCACUAUGCAUUGCAGGAUCUGUCGACGUUGUGCGACAACUUUCUCGCCUACAAACUCGAUACCGAGACUGUGUGCCACGUGUUGAUUGCCGCCACCCAUUUCCAAGUGAGUGGACACGUUGAAGACCACGUGCAUGUGCUUCCUGCAAGCUCAUUUCACCAAGUGGUGUCGACGAAAGGCUUUGAAGAGCUGGGCGAGUUCCCGGCGGCGCUGCUGCUGGAAGUCACGCGAGUGUCCAUGCUGUCGAGUCAUAAGCAUCAUAAAAUCGGUUCGAUAACAUUACAAUAA